ACUCGGCGGAGGUGAUCCAGUCGCGCCUGAACGAGCAGGAAGGCCGCGAGGAAUAUUACGUCCACUACGUGGGCUUUAACCGCCGACUGGAUGAAUGGGUGGAUAAGAACCGACUGGCGCUGACCAAGACGCUGAAGGAAGCCGUACAGAAAAGUUCGGAACAAUUUUUGGGCGAAUUGGCGGAACAACCGGAACGCAAGAUCACCCGCAACCAGAAACGCAAGCACGAUGAGAUUAACCACGUCCAGAAGACCUACGCCGAGAUGGACCCCACCACGGCGGCGCUGGAGAAGGAGCACGAGGCGAUCACGAAGGUCAAGUACGUGGACAAGAUCCACAUCGGCCAUUUUGAGAUCGACGCCUGGUACUUCUCCCCCUUCCCAGAGGAUUACGGGAAACAGCCCAAGCUCUGGAUCUGCGAGUACUGCCUCAAGUACAUGAAGUUCGAACGCACCUAUCGCCUCCACCUGGGCCAGUGCCAGUGGCGACAACCGCCGGGCCGGGAGAUUUAUCGCAAGAGCAACAUCUCUGUCUACGAGGUGGACGGUAAAGACCACAAGAUCUACUGCCAGAACCUCUGCCUCUUGGCCAAGCUCUUCCUCGACCACAAAACCCUCUAUUUCGACGUGGAACCCUUCGUUUUCUACCUUCUAACCGAGGUGGACCGACAAGGCGCCCACAUCGUCGGCUACUUCUCCAAGGAAAAAGAAUCGCCCGACGGCAACAACGUCGCUUGUAUCUUGACCCUGCCGCCGUAUCAGCGCCGGGGCUACGGGAAAUUCCUCAUCGCUUUUAGUUACGAGUUGUCCAAGUUGGAAAGCACGGUGGGGUCACCCGAAAAACCGUUGUCGGAUCUGGGGAAGCUGAGCUACCGGAGUUACUGGUCAUGGGUGCUGCUGGAGAUCCUGAGGGACUUCCGGGGAACCCUCUCCAUUAAGGACCUCAGUCAGAUGACCAGCAUCACCCAGACUGACAUCAUCAGCACUCUCCAAUCCCUCAACAUGGUCAAGUACUGGAAAGGCCAGCACGUCAUUUGCGUCACCCCCAAACUGGUCGAAGAACACCUCAAAAGCGCCCAGUACAAAAAACCACCC